AGGCUUCUUAACACCUAACCAUAAGUAUAGAAUACAAGACAAGAACACUUUUAGUUGAAAAAACUUAGGCUACCUAGCUUCUACAAGAAGAGAACAACAAUGAGAAAAAGCUCUAUUAAUUUGAUUUCUUUUCAUAUUUGAAACAAACUCAUCUUGGGAUCUGGUGUCUUGGGGUCCAUGUUCUGAAACUGAUGUGCCCUUUGUGCUGGGCUCCUUCUGUCAACCACCAAAAGAAAAAGAAUCUCUCACGGAUUGGGAAGGCAUUUAGAGCAAAUCAUACAACUCCUCACACAACUGGUUCCAAGAGUUUUGCAAGAAAGAGACAAGAAUUUGAAAAACAACAUGAUAGAGAGCCAGGACGUAUUGAGUUUUUUGUAGUAACUCACAAAACUAAAGAUGGGGAGUACAUUAAUCAAUCAUCAAGUGAUUUUGCGGAGGACUUAAUGGGAGAUCUAGCUAAAAAAACAACCACAUCGGAAUUCUCAAAUGCCACCAAACAAAUUGAAGAAAGUGUUUUUAGGGAUAAAAAGGGCGAAGAUCGGUAUGGUCGUGUGAGAGGUUAUGGGAUUGGUCCUACACCAACACAAGUCUUUGGAAUUCAAGCUCAUCUAAGGAAUGUAGAGAAUGAAAGCCAUGAUCCAAUGAAAGAUGAAGUUCAAAGAUUGCAAGUUCAAAUGCAAGACAUGCAAAAGAAACACGAAUCGGAAAUGAAUGAAAUAAAAUCUCUAUUGCAUAGACUUGUCACCCAAUCUGUGAAUUUAGGCACCGAGACAAGUGGUACACCAUCACCUUAGAAGACUACAACUUUGUUUGAGCUUAAUUUUUGUAAAACUUAAAAGUAUUACAAUUCUAGCAUUAAGUUUA